UCUUUUGUGCUCUUUUUCUUCAGUCUUUUACUAUUUUUACUCUUUAUCUUGUUCAAAUUUUCUUUUCGAAUUUAAAAAGCACCCAAAAAGAAAACGGUUACGAAGUGGGAGAGACACAAUUGAGAUCGUUUAUUGGGUGGACGCAGAGAUUAAUUCGAGGCAUGUUUCCUGCGUUCUGUAAAAACCAACGCCCUUUUUAUUCUUUCCCUCUCUAAAUUCCCAACUUCUUCAACUUUCUCUCUCUUCUUCUAAGUCAUAUUCACACAAAUUCUCCCUCUCUCUCUUGGGCUUUGGGGUUUUAUUGCUUCUCGAUUGGAUUUGCACUUUUAAUGAUCGGUCCAUUUGCGUGAUAUGUGGAGGAAAUUGGGUUUCAGGACUUCCAUAUUGCAAAUUUUCUCCGUCUUAUCAGAUGUGGGUCCCUUGAUGUAUUCUUUGAACUGAAGGAUACAAUAAAUGUUUGGGAUUUAAAGGACAGGAGACACUUAUUCAGAUGUGUAUCGAUCGGCUGUGCUGCUUUAAUUCGGCUUACUCACAGCUGAUAGGAGUCCGCUCAUCUAGCAAUACUGGUAAGGGAAGGAGCCAUCAAGGUCGUAACAGGAUUAACUAUGGAUUCAACUUAGUGAAGGGAAAGGCAAGCCAUCCUAUGGAGGAUUAUCAUGUUGCAAAGUUUGUCCAGAUAAGGGGACAAGAGCUUGGGCUAUUCGCAAUCUAUGAUGGUCACUUGGGAGAUAGUGUUCCUGCUUACCUCCAAAAACAUCUCUUUUCAAAUAUAUUGAAGGAGGAAGAGUUUUGGACCCAUCCUGAUAGAUCGAUUGUGAAGGCUUAUGAGAGGACAGACAAGGCUAUUCUUUCACAUAACCCUGACUUGGGGAGGGGUGGUUCCACUGCUGUUACAGCCAUUAUUGUAAAUGGUCAAAAGCUAUGGAUUGCCAAUGUUGGUGAUUCAAGGGCAGUUCUUUCUAGGCGUGGAGCCGCUAUACAGCUAACGACGGAUCAUGAACCUAGCACUGAGCGUGGGAUCAUUGAAGAAAGUGGCGGUUUUGUUUCAAACAUGCCAGGAGAUGUUCCUAGAGUUAAUGGACAGCUAGCUGUUUCCCGGGCUUUUGGAGACAAGAGCCUUAAGUCACAUUUAAGGUCAGAUCCUGAUAUUCGACAAGUGGACAUUGAUGCUGACACUGAGCUCCUCAUUCUUGCUAGCGAUGGCCUAUGGAAGGUUGUUUCUCUACUUCUGUACUGCUCUCUCUCUCUCUCUCACACGGAUGCACGCGUGGACAUGCGCGCGUGCUUGGAAGGUUGUCCCCCCUGCUCGGUUUGUGCGCGCCCACAUAUGUUAUGGAUAAUCAAGAAGCUGUAAAUCUCACUUUAAAGAUCAAGGACCCGCAAAUGGCAGCCAAAGAAUUGAUAGCUGAAGCACUGAACAGAGAUAGCAAGGAUGACAUAUCUUGUGUCGUGGUUCGGUUCAGAUUCUAGGGGAAAAGGAAGGGUCUCUUCGCUUUUGGACAUCAAAGAAUUCAUACAUAUGGAAGGCUUUCCAUGCAGCAAAAUUGCAGUGUUGAUACUAUGACCGAAAAGCACAUAGAAUAUGAGCAUGCCAAAAAGGGUAUUGUUGGAGAAGCUUCAUUGGCUUAUUAUUGACCUCUCUCAGCUUGGUCUUCCUGUAUAUUGCUUAUUUUUAUUUGUCUUAAUUUCUUUGAGCUUAUCUAGGCAUAAAUUUGUUUAAUUAUGGGAUAACCAUCAAUUCCAAUUCCAAUGUAUACUGGUGAUUAGUGGAGACCUGGUUUUUCUUUGUUGUGCAGAGGUUUGAGCGUUGUCCCCUGCUUUGCGGGUAAUGUUUGUACCAAUGAUCAUGAAAAAUGUUGCUAUAUUUGUAAGAGAGUAUCAAAAGUAACUAUUUAUGGAGGAA